GGACUCAAUCGAUAUAACUGCAAGCGAUCCAGGACGUUUCUUUAUUUUGUCUUCUUUCUCAUUCAAUAGUUUGAAUAGGAUGGGCAUGUUAUCGUUGAACCAGCACUAAUCACGAUCUUUAUUUAGUCGGACGCUGUUACAUGCAUUAUCAAUUGUAUGGAAAGCGUUAUUAAUUGCUUAAAGCACACAAGAUGUCUUAGACUAAUUAGAGAAACACGUGGAAAGAAGUCCUGGCAGCUUUUCAUAUCAGUUCUGACCAACGCACUGGGGAUCUCUCUCUCUUGGGGGAUCAACUAAAUAAAUCAGCAGUUUUCUUUAUCAAGUUAUCAGGAAGACCUCACCCGACAAUGGAAGGAGAUAGCAGAACAUCCGGUUCAGUCCCGGCCACCGAAUCCCUCUCUCCCGGACCCCAACGACAUGCAGACGGGAGCCUUCCUCCAAUUGUUCACCAACAGCGUCAAUACAGCACUGCAUAAGCAACACUGCACUUGCAAAGGGAAGAGCUACGAUUCCAAGGAACUCUUCGCCAAAAGCAACCCGGGAUUGUUUGGUCCGAACGGUCAGUGUAAGGUGAAUCAUGCGAAGAAGCCUGCUCUGUCACGGCCGGAUGUUGAGGUGAAGCUACCACCUGUUGCAAGUUCGAAGGCAUCAGAAGAUAUCAUCAAGGAAGCAACGCGGGGCUUAAAGCAACAGCUGAAGAAUCAUGUAGGUGACACCGGAAGUGCGCAGGUGUCGCCUAGGUUCUGUAAACCCUUGGGGGAUUCAGGUGUUGUCGAGCCAAAGGAGGAACUGCGGUUACCGCACAUCAUGGAGAUUCGCGAUCGGAACGGCAACAACUGGAAAAUCAUCCAGGACGCUUCGAACAAAUCCCGACAAAAGUUAAAGGAAAGACGGACGGGAUCUGAAUGGAAGCCUGUUCCCGCAAUAUAUACGCAAAAGUUGCAAUUGCUCAACGGAAUAAUGAAUUCGCCUCGAGGAAAGGAUCUGGAGCUUCCAAAUACUAUGCAAGGACAAGGUCUUGAUUCAAAUGCUAUUGAUACUGUAACAAGACUAAAUACACCUCUAAUCCAGGUACGGGUUCCAGUUGUUGAUGAUUACUCAGAUGAUGCCUUCGACGGUCAAGGUAUCCACUUGCCCGAUCUUCAACCGCGCUGUCAACCGGCAUUGACCCACACCUGUACAUCGGAGGGCACAACUCCAAAGGAUGCUCCGGAUGAAAUGACUCGGAAGAUUCUUCUGGGAAGAUGGGCUGCUGAGGUUCGUACUGGCAAGAUGACUUACAGUGAAUACCUUCGCAAAGUAUCACUGAUGUCCAUGCUGCAGCGAUCGGACACAUUGAACAAUAAAAAAGAUAUGCUUCAGAGUCACAGUCAAGAGUGGUCUUCGGACGCUAGAGAGAAGCGUGCAAGGACCCACAGUCUGGAAGAAAUGUUUGCAGAGGAGCAUUCGCCGAAGCGACUAGAGAUCGAUGGAGACCGGAGUCAGUUAAACUUAAGGGAUAAUGGUCAUAGCAGGGAUCAAGAAACCGAACGUCCAGAUAUGACCGGUGUCAUAACACCAGGGAAUAGCGUUGGAGUCUGCAGUCAACCGCUUCCUCCAGAGUUGGAAAGACUUUAUACCAGGUCUUCAAGUAGGGUGCCUACCCUUGAUAUUGGACAAUCGUUGAAUGGGUACCUCCCAGCAGAUUUCCUAGAUAAGGAGCGUCAUAAACUACGCAUGCAAUAUCCGAUGUAUAAUUUCAAGCGUGAGCAUGAACGACUGCACGCCUCCAGCCAAUUCACGUCCAAAUCACUGCCAGCUGAUCUGUCAUUCCAGGACGAACUAGAAAGACCGAUGACCCACGAACCUAAAGAGAUCACCCUGCAGUCGAAUAUUUUGAAUACCGGUCAACAGAAACGCAAAUCAAAACCCCGUCGGUUAAACAGUCGCCUAGGCUACAAUGCCAUUUGUAUAACAGGUGGUAGAAUCCCGACCAAAGCAGAUUCUGCCAAAGAGAUUGAAGCGUUUGCGGAACUGCAAAGGCAGUUCUUUGAGCAACAAGCGCUAAAUGACGUUACACCGGAAAAUGGACUACCGCGUUUGUACAAUGUCCCUCACCAACCGCCAACGACACCUGUUGAUGCAACACUUGCUAGUGUAUCCUUACCGGAGUUCCUCGCGCAGAUGGCUGAAGGCGCAAUCGUUAACCGGAUAAGCGAAGAGGCACUCGAUAGAGAUGUAAAGGUGGGGGAUAGGCCGAAAAAGGGCGUCCAUGGAGAGCCGGUGAACGUAGUGACAAUCGAAGCCGAAACGAGCUGCUUGAAACCUACAAGUUUCAAAGACAGCUUCACCAAGGAGUCAAAGGCCUUUGGUCAUACUGGUAGCAACGCCGAUAUCAAUAAUACAAAGGCAACAUAUCUUGAAAGUGAUAACAACGUGAAUGACGCUGCUGAUACGUUUUCUCUGAAGAGCGAACCACUUGAAGGUAAAAGCGAAGACUCUGUAGACAAGGAGGGCUGCAAAAAUGAUGAGGGGGUCGGGAUACCAUACUCCAAGUCGACCAACACCAACAACAACAUCAGGAACGAUUUGAGAGCGUCGGUCAAACAGUUGGAGAUCGCGGACGUCAACGGUCUCGAAAGUCAGAUGACGACCAUUUCGAGCCGUUCCCUGGAAAGGAUGAUGUCUCGUCUGCCAGCGAGACUGCUCAAGAGUCGAGACAGACAUGUCAACGCCAGGCGAUCGAGGGCAUUUGAUGUAGCUUCAGGGGUCAUGAAGACGAAGGGGGCGCCCUUGAGCACCAAGCAUGUGGUGUUUGUAAGUCCUGCCUUCAACUAAAGCAAAACGUAACCCCUGCACCCUUGUCUUGGAUAAAGGAGUAGAAACUAUUAAGUUUUAAAAUAUGACGAAGCUAAGAUUAAUUUAAGGCAUAACAAUGGUUAUGAUAGGUAACGGCAUAUUAACAAGUUGAUUUUUGUCAAAGAAUACACGAAAUCGGUGAAGGUCGAAAAGAUUUGUAUUAUCAAAAAGGUUUGACAUGAGCGAACUAAUCACUAAAGCACGUGUUUUGGUUAAGAUGUAGGUAUGCUUUGGUAAACUUUCAGCAGCAGUUCAAAUAUAUGAAGAAAAAAAAGUGUACUCAUUCUACAAACUUUAAAAGCAGUCAGAAAACCAAUAUUACAAACAUCUCCAGGAGUUCGCAUUUAAUCUUAUCAUGUUCUAUUUAUCACCUCCGGUUAAUUAAGUUUCCUUCUGCAUACAGAACAAUAAAUGUCGCAUAUUAUAGGGGCUUUCCUCAGUUGACGUGGUUGUGUACGCAAUGCUUUAUAAUGAAAUAGGUUUUCCCUAGGGUCGUCAAAUAAUAAAAUGCCACAAUUCGAUAAGAACAUCUCGCUCCGAAAGUACUUAAUUGGAAACAAAUAGUUCUUUGCACCCUUGAUACUAUGAUAUCAUAUUACAACUGUACCUGAAUAAGGGGCCUAAUGCGCGAGGAAUAUUAUCAUGAUUAUUAUCUGCGUUUACGAUUUGAAUUAAAUAAUAAAUGAAUCGGGAGAAACAUUAAAAGUAGUUGAAUUACGCAAAAUAUAAUUGAACCUAUAAAGCAACUAAUUCCUAAAGCCUGUUUCAUAUGAAGUAUGAUAUUAUUACAUGAACAAGGGGAAGGACAGAGAGUCAAAAUUGGCUUUAAAGAGAAGGUUGAGUUCUGGGAAGAGGUGAACAAUAAUUUGUGGGCGUUAGCAUUGUAUUAUACAAGUGUGGAUGAACAUCAUAUUAAACAAAAUGUUCCCUGAAAAGCAUGGCUCUUCAAAUGUCUGGAAGAAUAACGUUCAUGAUCAUCCAAUUAAACUCUACAUAAUCUCUGAAUAUUAUUUUUUUAUUAAUUUUGAGUCAACUAUGUAAAGCACAUCGCUAAGGCCUACGACCAUACACAAACUACGCACCUUUUUAGAAAUUUUACAAUUGUUCAUAUUGAUUUGGCUUUCGAAGGAGACUGUUUCCUGAUUUACAUUUAUGACACAAAAUUAUACUUUUAGUUUGUAUGCAACCUUGGGUAAACACGACAUUAUUAUAAUUAUCAAUAUUGUCAUUUCAAAUAGGAAUAUGUAACUUUGCGAUAGAUUGGAGGCCUUACGAUCAAUACGUAUCAAUCGCAACUUCUGUUUAUAUAAAUGAGACAGGGACCAAAAGGAACAAACUUUAGGUUCGCAGAUUUUUUUAGCAUUUGCCAAAGUAUCUGAUGAUAUUUGGGCGUUCCUCAAAAGGUACAAUUAAAUGUUACAAGAAAUUAUAUUUAAAAAAUCAAAUGUUCUAAAUUGAAAGAUUGUCUGUUUGCAGUUUUUUUUUGCUUUGGUUUACAAGCUUCGGUUAAUACUUAUAACGCACUAUUUUAAUGCACUUGGUGACGUUAAUGGUCGGUCCGCAGACGUAGAUAAAAUAAAAAAUAAAAUUACACGCACACGCACACCCACACACGGAUGCAUUGGAAGUUUUGCACAUGUUUUAAAAGCGACUGCUGGAAUUCGAAAGUCGUGAACUCCUGUCAUUCAAUAAGAUAAUUGUGUUAACGCCCCUCUGUAUCUCAACUGACGCAACAACAUUAUAAUGGACACCCUGGUUAAAAGAUUGCUUCGGUACGUUUGGAGGAUAUUUUUUUCUUUAGAUUGGUUCGGGAUCUUGAAAUAAUUAUAUUGAUAAACGCCAGUUUACAGAUAUCUUUAAAGAUUUAUGCAUAUAAUUAAAGAACGGUCAUUUGAUGUUGGUGAUCCGAGAGCUUGUCCGACUUUAGUCCAGAAUCUGAACAGCGUUAUUAUAUUUCGCGAUCAUUCUCUCCUUUCCCUACAUGCUGCAAGCCGAAGAUGGCGGGAUCCAUAUAUCCGUCCGUAUUGACGGUACGCCCAGCUAGGUUUCUCGCUGGGCGUAGAAUUUACCUAAAAAAUUGACUCCUGAUGAAGUUGGGGAAUUACAAAUUUAAUUAGUUUUGUUGAGUGCAAUUAUUGUUUUACUGUGUUUUAGGCAUGGACAUGACGUAAUGGACAUUAAACAAGUCUUAUUUGCAUUCAUGAAUGCUUUGCCCUGCCAAUAAAAUGUGAAAAUGUAAA